UGUAGGCAGGAGCCCGCAGACUGUGAUUCACGCCACAGGAGGAGCUUGCAGAGGAGCGAGGAGCGCGCAGAGGAGAGGGCUGCGUGGGGAGGAGAGACAGAGAAAGAGAGAGACGGAGUUGCGUGGUUUUGUCAGCUCUUAUUCUCCUCACCCGGCUCCUCCGUUGUAAACGCGCGCGCGGAGGACGACAGGAUGGAGCGGAUGGAGUCGAUGGAGCCGAUCACGGCGCACUACACCACGGCUUACCCGGAGAUCCAUCCCGAUAGUGGGUACGAAUCCAGAGAGACCACCGACAGCCAGGCGAAGACCCCACCAGCUCCGACAUAUGAUGAGGAAUUAGUGCACAAGACAAUCCUGGUCGGGGACAGUGGAGUGGGAAAGACGUCUCUGUUGGUGCAGUUCGAUCAGGGAAAGUUCAUCCCUGGCUCAUUCUCUGCUACAGUGGGCAUUGGAUUCACGAACAAAGUGGUUACUGUUGAUGAUGUAAAGGUCAAACUACAGAUUUGGGACACAGCAGGACAGGAACGGUUCAGAAGUGUGACACAUGCAUAUUACAGAGACGCACAUGCUCUGCUCCUUCUAUACGACAUCACCAACAAAACCUCCUUUGAUAACAUAAGGGCAUGGUUAACAGAGAUCCAUGAAUAUGCACAGAGCGAUGUAGUCAUCAUGUUGCUGGGCAACAAGGCUGACAUGAGCAGUGAAAGAGCAAUCAGGAGAGAUGAAGGAGAGAGGCUGGCCAGAGAGUAUUCAGUUCCUUUCAUGGAGACAAGUGCCAAGACAGGAGUCAACGUAGAGCUGGCCUUCACUGCUGUGUCCAAGGAGCUGAAGCAUCGGGCUGUCCAACUUCCCAAUGAACCCAAGUUCCAGAUUCACGAAUACAUCGAAGCACAGAAAGAGAAGUCAGGCUGCUGCAGCUACUUUUAAAUCUCCUGUCCUGAGUCCUCCUCCCACCGCUCUGGGUGAACAGACUGUCAGAGACACACUGAGAGCUACUGAGUGGGAGGAAGCCCUAUUAAUUCACUGCUGCUCCCAAAAUAUGAUGCUGCCAUUCAUUCAAGACUAAAAGCCAAAAGGAUAAACCAAGCUAUGGACUCACAAAACCCACAUAUUUCUUAAGAUGAGAACAGUUUACCCAUAGGUAUAAAUACUGCUAUAUCUACAUAACUAUUUAUAUCUAUGAGUUUACCCAGCUCCUUAGAGUGACGUUUGUCAUCAUGAGCAGCUGAAUAUUUUUGGUAGAAAUUUUAACAAAUCUUAUAAAAAGUAUUUCAAUUCUUUGGGAAAAUAGCCUUGUACUAUUUGCUUUCUUUGCAAGAGUUAGAUGGGAAGAUCAAAACCAAUGUGUAGGUAUAUGUUUUAGGUACAGAGAUGGAGUCAGGAAUCAGGAUGUGGUUAGCCUAGCUUAGCACAAAUACUAAAGGUGGAAGGAAACAGCCAGCCUGGGUCUGUCCGAAGCUUAAGAAUACACCUGCGGUUCCAAACCUCUUAUAUGUGCGUAAGUUUUUUAGAACAUGCCUACCGAUCAACCCAGAACUUCUAUACUGCCGAUUAAGCCAUAUAUUAAAAUCACAUUGCUUGUAAACUUUUCUGAACAAUAAACAAACACAAAAAAAUGCUGUAUUUUUGCCUUUAAUAGAUUUUUAUAAUCAUUUAUAGAUGUAAAAAAAAUUGUUAUUUCAAGAUUCAUACGUAUAUUUCCGUGUAACCUGUUAUAUCUUCAGAUUUACUGUACUAUCUUACACAAAGGCUACUGUAACUUCUAGUAGACGGACACCUUCCAAACCCAAAUAAGUCAGUAUUGUGAUUAUGAAUCACAGUCACAUGCUUUUAAUCAUUGCAACAUUGUUGUGCACACUGUACAAACACAGACAGCUGAGGCCCAUCGUAACAUCAUGUUCUACAAAUAAUGGUCAUAAACCAACAUCUGGACCUCAUCCCUACUCAACAUAUUUUGACGCAUGGGCAGAAGCCUUUUGUCAACUCACAUGACUAACAAGGGGUCAGCAGUCAGGUUUAGGCAACACAACUACUUCUCACAAGACAUGAAUCUUGAUCUCCUGGGUCAAAAGUCCUGUGCUUGUUGGACCCAUCCACCAACACUUCUACCCACCCUAAGCGGACUUUGACAAUCCUAAAUCUAAAUCCGUUGCUCUGAACAUCUAACAAUGAUGCAGAUGGGUUAACACUGAAGUUUGUUAAAAGCGUGGUGCAUCACGUACAGACUCUAAAUGGGGCCCCUGGUGUCAUUAUAGUGUCACUGGGGACACUAACCAAGCAGCGUAUUUUGACAUCCUAGGAGUGAGACCACGCUGAAUUUUUGACCUGAUGGUGCUAAAUGGAAAGUUCAGGGCUCACCAAAGUGAUUAGGGUUCUUCUUAAUGUCUGUAUCAGAUUCAAUGGCAAUCCAUCUAAUAGCUGUCACUAUUGUCAGUAGCAUUUAACAAAAAAAAUCAAAAUGUCAACCUUAUGGUAGCACUAAAGCAAAAUUGCGGAAUCACCAAAAUGAGCAGGUUUUAUCCUUUGAGGACCAUGAAUAUCUGCAAACAUUUUCAUUGUAAUUCAUUCAAAAGUUGUUGCACUAUUUCAGCGUUGACCGACCAACCAACCAUCAUUUCAUCCCUAUACAGCCAUCAUACUAGCAUGGCUAAAACAAUAAUUUGUAGUUUUAGGAGGAGUAACAUGCUCUUAGCUUAGCAUACUCAGCUAGUCCAACAACAUCUCGACUGAAGCUCCUUACUGAACAGAGAUAUGAGAUAGAGUUUGAUCUUCUCAUCUAACUACUAAUAUAAGUUAUGCUUUUCUGAACAGUGAUCAUUUUUGUUUGCCUUACAUAGAUGUCAGGUUUUUCUACCGUUUAAUUUAUAAUUAAAUAAUUGCUGAUGGAAGUACAAGGAUGUUAUGAACUCACCAGUUUGCCAAAGUAGAAACAAAAAACUGCAAACACCCACACACCACUGGCAUAAGCCAGGGGAACACACAGUCUCAAGGCAAACUUCAAAAAUUCAACAUUGUUAGAACCUUAUGUAUCAUGCAAUCUACCAAGAGAUCCAGACAAAGGCCAUACACUGUGUCACGGAUGCAAUUCAAAGCCAAGUACAUGGACAAAAGCCCUGUCUGUUUAUGACGUGGUCAGACUGGUGCAUUCCUGAGAAGCGAAAGUCGGCUGCUGUUAAACGCUUGCUGACUCAAGAAAAGCUCAGGGACUCAGCUGGAGAUGACGCUUAUGUGCUCUCUGAGUGCCUGGGGAGGAAGACCACAAGACAACUCUAUAUUUGAACAUGCAGAGAAACGCAAAUGUUUCGGUCACCUGAAAUGUGACCCUAGAGGAAGGAUUGCUGCAUAUGACCAAACAUCACAUGAGCUACUUGAUGAUCUGCGGCUGGAUUUCCAAUUUGGUCCAAUUUUAGGAAAUAUCUAUGUACAUACUGUAUUUGUGAGUGAGUGAGCAGAUUUUUGAAAAAUCUUUUUGGACAUGUUGGCUGCAUUAUUUCCUCCCUUCCCCAUGGCUUGAUUAACUUUAAAGCUUAGUUGCAUGUUUGGAUUGCAUGUAACAAGUCUGUGCACAGUGCCUCCAGAACAUAUGAAACUCUGUUUAUAUUUGUAUCAAGACGAACAUGAAGUAUAAACAUAUAAUUAGCAUUUCUCUUCGGAUUUUAACUCGCGCUCAGGGUUAAAUUUUGCUUUGAAAUACAAGAUCUAGUAUGUAAGUCCAAAUCAACACAUUAAAGCUGCAUUAAUGGAUUAAAAAUUUGUUUUAGGCCAUUUUCAGGCUGUGGAAAAGGUGUAAACACAACAUAUUAUCACCUUGAAAAUCAAACAGUUGCGUAUUUUCACAUUUGGCAAAUACAGAGAAACAUCAGUGCUGAGUUUCUGGCCAUCCAAUAAAUCUAAGCAUACUCUCUGUAGCUCUGUUUUGGUCUCCACCACUUUACAAGAAAAAUAUCUGUAUUUUCAGCAGCUGAAUGCUAAGUUUUGUUGCUAACUUUGUCUGUCUGCCAUUUCUUUUUAGGCAGGUACUGAACUGUGGUUUUAGCAGAAUAUUCAAAGUUUCAGGCCAGCCAACCAAAACAGUUACUUAAAGAUUCUGUAUCUGACGGUUAGAGCAUUAAUAUAGCAGCAAACCCUUAUGUGCUAUGUAAAGAUAUAGCGAAGUAAUGGUGUCUUGGGAGGAGAAUAAAGUGAUACUACCUUGUAAUCCGAGCUUAGCCACAUAGCACCCAUCCUCUGGUUCCCCCCUGGAUAACAGCGUUAGCUCUGUCACCAUUUUUGCCAUUGUUUAGCGCUGUUCAUGGAGUUAGCACUGUUAGCUGCUAGCUGAUUGCUCUUCAGCUGAGGGGAGCUGCAGAAUUUGGUGGUAAUUCUCUGUGGCUUUGUCACUACAGGUCAUAGCAUUUCUAUUGUACAUAUUUAUUCAAUCUAUUGUUAAUGUAAAAAUAUUCAUUACUGCAGCUUUAAUGAUGAACUAAUGAUGUCAGAACAACAGCUCAAUGUGCAGGUUUUUCUGUAACACAAGCAAGUUUAAGAACUUCUGCUUGCAGUAUGCAACGUUCCUCUGCAAAUAUUUCAUAUUGGUCGAUUACUAUAUGGAUGCUCAGGUCUGACACAGUUUAUAAUCUAAAAUUAUUCAGAUUAUAACCAUUCGACUUUGUACACAUUGUUUGUACAACAGUUGUUUGUUGUCAGACCACGCUGCCAAAAGUUGUCUUUGAUGUGAUGUAUGCUGCAUAAGAAAUAAACUAUUUUUAAGUGAGCACA